ACCUUACUAUUACUCAUAUCACCUAUAUCACCUUAUUACCUUACUAUUAUUCAUAUCACCUAUAUUACUCUUAUUACCUUACUAUUACUCAUAUCACUUUCUUACCUUGUUAUUACUCAUACUCUACUCUUAUUCCCUUUACUAUCUCUCUUAUUAUUCAUAUUCCCUUACUAUCUCUCAUAUCACCUACAUUCCCUUACUAUUACUCAUAUCACCUAUAUUACUCAUUUUAUCUCUCUUAUUACCUACAUUACUCUUAUUACUUACAUUACCUACAUUCCCUUAUUAUUACUCUUAUUAUCUAUAUUACCCUAUUCCUAUCUUAUUAUCUAUAUUACCCUAUUCCUACUCAUAUUACUUCCUCUGUUAUCACUCACAUUACCCUCUUAUUACUUUCCUUACUAUUCCCUUAUUAUCUCUCUCUUACCUUAUCUUCCCUACCUAUCUAUUAUACUUACUUACUUAUAGUUAAGUUACCUACUUACCUUACUACUUACUUAUUAGUUAGUUAG